CGGGAGAAACAAGGAUGAACCUUUCAGUAGCUUGAGGACUCAACCCAAGAAGAUUUUUUAAGCGAUGUUCUGUAGACAGCAUUUUCAUUGAGUGUUAUGUGUUUGAUUAAUUUUAUGUUUAUGUGAAGUAGGGAAGACGAUUCUCCUGACGUUAGGGCGAUCAGAAGUGAUUGUUCAGUGGAAAUUUUGUCUCCUCGUCCCUCAGGUGAUCAUCCCCUCCAUUCGCCCCUUUUGUUUCUUCUGUAUCUGCUAGAGAAAAAUAGCCCCAAGUAAUAUAAUGGACCACGGACACGGCGAUAUGGAUAUGUGUAAAAUGAAUAUGCUUUUUAAUUGGGAUGUAGAAAAUGUCUGCAUUGUAUUUGAAUGGUGGCGGAUAAAGUCUCCGUUCGGGUUGUUACUGUCCUGUUUUAUUAUCGCCGGUGUAGCCGCAGGUUAUGAAUUCCUUCGACACGCAUCACGAGAAUACGACGAUGAGAUCGUUGCUGCAAACAAGAAGAAGGAUGCCAGUCGGCGAUUGGAGGAUGAACAUGCUGAAAACGACGGUCUCUUGAGCACAUCAGCUUCAGCGCUGACUAGUAUAUCACAGCAGCAGAAAGUCACACGUUCGAUCAUCUAUGCUGUUCUAGUCGGUAUCUCCUUUUGGCUAAUGCUCGUGUUCAUGACUUAUAAUGGCUUCCUCAUGAUCAGCGUAGUCGUUGGAGCUGGCUUGGGCCACUAUGCAUUCGGUGGCAACCUUCCUACAGAUCGCGGAAUACAGUGCCACUGAUGAAUAUUUAUCCGUUUUGCUAUAUAUCCAUGCCCAACGUGUACUGUGAAGAGGUAUCCCAAUUACAUUACCUCAUCGCCAUUUUGUAUCGCUUGAAAAAUCGAUUGCUUCUCUCCCCUCUCUUUUCAUCACUAGUCGCUUUCCCAUAUGUGUAGUGAUUUGUGCUUUUUAAGGAUAUUGUAUUAAAUAAUGACUUCCUUUUGCUGCUCGGCUCAUGCAAAUGCUAAUAAUGAUACAUGAUAUAUUACAGGGCGCAGGGUGAAGGCAAAAGUGGCAGAGAGUAGACAGGAUCACAGUUUCAUUAUCAUGUGGCUUGUAGUGGCAUUGAUGAAUCUCGAGCGUUAUCCAUCACCAACUCUCCUUGCAACAUUUCAUCU